AGACAAGCUUUACUCAAAUGCAAUGCGAGCCAAAGACAGCAUCGGAAGGAGCAAGAAGAGAACAAACGCCUUCAACUCUGGCUCAGUCAGCACUCGACUCAACACACUCACGAAUGCCGUCGCUUGGAAAACGAGAUCGAACGUUUGAAAAGCAAGCUGAAUCAAUUGUUGACCAGCUCUAGAAAGCAAAACUCGAAAGACUCUUUCAAAAUUGAAUUGUUGAAUCCCUUGGGUCGCGUGGAAGGCAAUAAGCGGUUGACGUGGAAAACGGAAGCUGCUGUGUUGAAGCACGAACAGGAUUUCAAUCAGUACGCCAGAGAAAAGUUGGACAAUCGUUUGAAAGCAUUGGUGGCUGAAAAUGUGGAGAUGAGAAGAACUGUGACUAGUUUACAUGAGCUGCUGGUGGAGAACAGCGUGUUGCCUGCGUCCGCAACUGCUGGAGCUGCUACAAAUCCUGGCACUUUCCAGUUGCCAUGGAAUUCCCAGCAGUCUUCGGGUAUCCUGAAGGACAUGAAAGCUGCACUAUCUCCUGCCAUAACUCCCAAAAUCAAGCACCCUGAAGGAAGUCCAGUAACAGGCCCAUCAGGAUCCUCUGAAAUUGGUUCACCUGCUCUUCAUCCUCCUGAGGUGUCAUCCAGAAGAAAUGUUUUUCUGGGUUCUGGAAAGCGCCAGUCUCAAGGAUCUUUGCUGCAGAUGGAUGAAAUAAAGAGUUACCUGGAAUCUGCUGUGGAUGGGAGAAGUCCUGGACCUUGUGAGGCGCCAUCUGGUGGCCUAGUAACGCACAGCGUUCCAACAUAUGAGAGGGUUUCUUCACCCAGUGAUUGUCACAUGUUUAGGAAAAUGAAUGAGCUGAAUAUGAACCAGUCCUCAAGUAACUCAGUUACUUUCCAUAAUGUUGAGACAUCGAAUCCUGCUGACAAAGAAGUCACAAAGGCUGAGUUUAAGGUGAACCACAGGUCAAUGGAAACCCAGCAGAACAGUGUUGACAUCCCUGGUUUAUUGCGAGUGACUGUGUCCGUUACUGACCGCAACAAAAUGACAAAUGUGGGAGGAAAUAAGGAAGAAGUAAAUGUUAAUUCUAGUGAGGCCUCUGAUGAGGAUGGAGAUGAUGAUGAUGACAGAGGGAGUGUGAUUAUGAAGGAAAAUUUUGUGCCUUGAAUAAGUGUAGCUUGGUUUCGUAUGUUUUGGCUGUCUGCAUGUUCUUAUAUAUGAUGUGGAUUGAUCUGAGUGCUGUUCACUGUGAAAACUGUGAUCUGGGAAUAAAUAUGAAUAAGACUA